GCCUCCCUGAGUUGCGCCGGCCGCCGCAGAGGCAGGGCCUCCUGCCCAGGAAGCGGGUUUCUGGAGAAGGUCCCGCAGGUGGCAGAACUUGACCUGAGCCGUGAAGGGUAAGACUUUGGGAAAGGCAAGUGGGCAUGACAGGGAAUACUGUGAGUUUGUGUUGUCUCAGAGUGUUCUGCUAAAAUUCAAGAGACUAUUUAUCAACUUGAUAAGUACAAGUACUAGAAAGGCAGUGCCAAAGGUGUGGUUGAUAGCCAUCUCACAAGGGAUAGGACUUGGUCUCCCCACACUUCUGAACCCAUGAAGAAAAGAUGGGAAGCAAAACUGAAGCAAAUUGAAGAGCGAGCAUCCCAUUACGAAAGGAAGCCCUUGUCCUCAGUGUACAGGCCCAGGCUGUCAAAGCCAGAAGAGCCGCCCUCUAUUUGGAAAUUAUUUCCUCGCCAAACUCCGGCUUUUAAUUUUGUUAAAAGCUGCAAAGAGAAUGUUCAUGUAUUUGCUUUGGAAUGCGAAGUGGGCGAUGGACAAUGUAUUUACCUUGUAACAAGCUAUGUUCAGCUUUGGUUUCAUUAUAAAUCCCGAAAACAUCUCUUACACUGCUAUGAAGUCAUUCCUAAAAAUGCUGUUUGCAAGAUCUAUUUUGAUCUGGAAUUUAACAAACUUGCCAAUCCUGGAGCUGAUGGAAAAAAGAUGGUUGCAUUAAUCAUUGAGCAUGUUUGUAAAGCACUUCAAGAGUUAUACAGAGUUAACUGUUCAGCUGAAGAUGUUUUAAACUUAGAUUCCAGCACUGACGAGAAAUUUAGCCGCCAUUUAAUAUUUCAACUCCAUGAUGUGGCAUUUAAAGAAAUUCAUGUCGGUAAUUUUGUGAGAAAGAUUUUGCAGCCUGCUUUUCAUUUGAUUAAUAGUGGAGAUGAUGAAGAUGAUGGUGGGAUUCCAGGGACAACCGGCCAAGCAUUUUCCCAUUUUUCUGAACCACCAAUUAAACAAGGAAUUUCCUUCAGUGAAAUGUCCACAGAUGAGGAGAUAGGAGAAAGCUGCACAUUGACCUCCAAGGCUCUGGAGAGGCUGGGGUCCGCCGAGCGGAGCGGCCCUGACCUUUCCUUCUUAGUGGUGAAGGAUCCUGCGGGGAAAAGGCGUCUUUUUGUAGAUAUAGGAGUUUAUACAAGAAAUAGGAACUUUCGGCUGUAUAAGUCAUCAAAAAAGGGAAAGUCUGUGGUGUUAGAGGUCGCUGAAAAUAACAGAUUCUCUUACACAAAGAAUACUUCUGAAGAGGAACUGUAUUUCCUCUCUUCUUUGGUCAGCAAUGUCAGAUUCUCAGAUAUUUUACGAGUACUUAGAUGUGAUGCAUCCGAGAAUAAACAAAAACAGGCUGGGCAUUUUAAUAGUACCAGCACUUCAGAAAACAUUGAAGGUUUUCAGGGCUCACCCUACCCUGAAAUUGAUCAAGUUGUUCUUUCUUUGGUGAAUAAAAAUGGCAUUAAAGGAGGGAUUCGGCAUUGGAACUACUUUUUUCCAGAAGAAUUAUUGGUUUAUGACAUUUGUAAAUAUCGCUGGUGUGGAAGCAUUGGAAGAGCCCACAAGAGUAAUAAUAUCAUAGAACCAAGAUGGCGGCAUAAGGAACUCAUGAUUUAG